AUCGUCGUCAUCUUAGAUGAUUGGGGUAUAUCCUUGGAUAGUAUAAAGUUGGACUUGUAGUCUCUAAUUGCCGAGCUGUUCCUGCAGCACAUCAAAGUAGCCAAGAUCACUAGCGUCAAUCCGCUUCCAUAGAUCACCAUGAGCACAAUUACACCCCCGCCAACCGCUACUGCCACUACCAGUGCCACCACUGCAACAUCAACUUGUAUUACUGCUGUACCAGACAAAUAUGGUCAUGUACCGUAUGGUGCCUGCAAUUCCUACUACAACUUCGACCCCAGCUUCGAAGCCAACCUUGCCUUUCUCGUACUAUUUGCAUUGACAACCCUUACACACAUCGUGCAGGCGAUCAUUUUCAAAAAGACAUUUUGUUGGGUCCUCAUCAUGGGAGGACUGUGGGAAACAGCAGCCUUUACACUGCGAACGCUCGGAUCUCAUGACCAGCAACAGCUCCAAUACGCCAUCAUCGGCACGAUUCUCUUCCUUUUAGCACCACUAUGGAUCAAUGCGUUCAUCUACAUGGUUGUCGCCCGCCUGGUCCACUUCACCUUGCCUGACAAGUCGAUAUGGGGUAUCCGGGGUAUCAAGCUUACGACGUUAUUUGUCGGCCUGGAUAUUCUUUCCUUCAUUGUGCAACUCGGUGGCGGUUCCAUGCUGUCAAAUAACGACAAUCAGAAUAUAGUACAGAUCGGCAUGAAAGUCUAUGUCGCUGGUAUUGGUUUGCAGCUUGCCUUUGUCGUCAUAUUCGGCGGAAUGACCAUUUGGUACUAUGUUCUGGUGCAUCGGUUCCGCCGCGGUCAAAUGGGAAAGCUUCGGUACUUGGUUUGGGUUAUGUUGUUCGUACUCGCGCUUAUCAUCAUUCGAAUCGUCUAUCGUCUGGUAGAAUUCGGUCCUGGUCUCGACGCAAACAAUCAACUGAUUACCAAAGAAAUCUACCCGCUUGCGUUGGAUGCUUCCCCAAUGGUCCUUGCCUUGAUACUCCUGAACCUAGUUCACCCAGGUCUUGUGCUACGAGGGCCGGACAGUGAAUUCCCGACAGUGACGAGGGCAGAGAAGAAGGCUAUCAAAAGACAAAAGAAGGAAGAAAAGCAGAAACAAAAGGAAGAAAAGAAAAUGAGAAAGAAUAUGAAUGGUUCUACCACGAGUGAAGAUUGGAUUCAACUUGAAGAGGGGAAUCGGGGCUAAAUUGCCAAAAAAGAGAUUGGUCCUUUUGGCCACCAUGCAUAAUAAUAGACUAGAAUUUAUGUAUUUGAAUCUUGAUGACGCCAUCAAUACCGCA